UAUCUAUAUGUCUAUGGUGGUGUUGCUAACGACGCUUCUCUCUUUUGUUUAUAUUUUUAAGACUUGAAGUUUUGGAAUAAUGUCAAAUGUGAGUUGUAUGUUAAGUUCCUUAAAUCCCUUGGAACUUAAAAAUUUUGUGCAGAAAUACGUUGAAAUUGGAACGAUAGAUGGAAAAAAAUAUGUUGGAACAGUGUUCACUGUUGAUCCAAUAACAACAAGCAUCAUCCUGAUGAACCAGGAGGAAGGCAAGGUGGGACUGUCACUGUUCCCCGGGCAGAACAUCGAGUCGCUGGAGCUGCGCACGAGCGGCUGUGUGCCGGACCUGGAGCACUUGUUCCCGAGCGGGGGCGCGACCUGCAACACGGAGGAGGUGGAGAGCCGCGCGGCCAGGCUGGUGGCCUGGCUGGUGCAGAACAGGGUCCCCGUCAGGCAGGACGGGCCGGUGCUGCGGCUGGAGGACGUGCUGGAGAUACACCCUCCGUACGGCGCCGGCCAGUGCUACAGCACCAACGAGACGGUGCUCUCCAGGGUGCAGGUGCUGGUGUCCGGCAUGCCCGAGCCCCAGCCCGACAGUUGACUCCUUGCUUCCCAUUUUUAUUAAUAAUCUGAAUUAACUUUCAACUAUUUAUGUCUUAUUAUUUAUUCAGACACCUUGUCAAUUAUCAGGUACGCAAAUGCUAGUAAAGUCAUGUUAAUAUAGCUCAGCAAUAGUGUAUACAGGACGAAUAGAAAUCACUCACAAGAUACUUUGCAAUAGGUUAUGUUGUAAACAAUUUAGAAGCACUUUUUUUUUUGUACAUGGACCUGGGCCGAUGGUGAUUGUUCACUUGUGCCUUUUUUAAUUCAUGUGCAAAAUUUUUUGUAUGCCUGGCCUGAUUGUCAUCAUUGUCGGUGUACAGUUGGAAGUGCGAGGAAGCACACUGCAUCAGACUUCCUGACAAAAUAUCCACACGUCUUCCUUGCCAUUGACCACGUUCAAAAGUACAGCACUCCUAAAAUUUCUACAAGACUUAGUUUUGUCAAAUAUUUUAUAGCUGUAGUUAGAUUAAAUAUAUUUUCACCAAUCACUUUCAAACUUAAUUUUAUUAAUGGUGUGACAAAAAUUACUUUUGUUUCCAGAUGCUUAAAAAACAAAUUUCCUGCCAAGCUAUCUUUAAUUUACUGAUGCAUAAUUGUGGCACCCUAACUCCUUUUAAUAUUUAUACCGCCUUUACAUACUGGCUGCUUUUACAAUGUGUGUUUUUACCACUUCUGGGAUCUUAUUUAUUUUAUCUCAUACAUUUUUAAUUUUUUGAUCAUUAGGUGAUUGCCAACAGCUUAAUGCCAUUUGAUGAUGAGCACCAUGAGGAAGGUUUGUCUAGGAACUGCACUUGCAUUCCACUGGAGUGGAGGUGCAAGCUACUGUGCAGUGCAGAAUCCCGGGAAGCAACACAUGACCUUGAAUGUGAGCCGGACUUGCUGCGAAUAUCUGGAUAGUUGUAAUUGGCAGUGUGAAAAACUAAACGUGGUGUACUUAGUAUAGUUAAGCAAUCAAAGUAAAUUGAAAAUGAAUAAGAUCCGGAAGGGGUCGCUGUCAAAUGUAGGUUAGACUGGGACCCAAUUCUUUAAACAGUUGGAAAGGACACCAGCACACAGUAGUUUUGCUUAGGACAGGUUGAUGUGGUCAUGAUUGUGAUCAGUUUUUUGGCAGUCAAAUUGACAGCCAACACAGUGUUCGCAUUUUCUGAACGGGUGCAGGAAAAGGGGAAAUCUCGUCCUCUGCUCUACGUCUGGUCGAGGCUGCCGGCAGUAAGCGUUAGUCACAUGUGCUCGUCUUUAAACCUGCAUGCCAGUGCACUGCUAAUUGUCCUCAGGGUGUCCAGAUAUGCAGGCGGCCAGUUACCUCCGCCGGAACUGUUAGUGGCUAGCAGCUGUAUCACUGCAUGUAGAGAGCUCGUUGUCUCCCGGAGACACCCCGAGCGCACCCGGUCAUGGCUGCUCGCGUCACGUAGACGAGCCAUCAGGCAGUUGGUCGAUGCAGGGGCCAUGUGUCACCUCUGCCUUACAUCAUUUCAGUGUUAACAACAGAUCAAUCAUCUAACUUAUUGAAAGUUCAUCAUGUUCAAUAUUGUGUCUAUGAAAAUCAUCAAUUAUUUGACUGGUUUUCCAAAAUUAUAUUGGUGUGGAGCAGAUUUUUAAAUAGAAUGCUGGUUCCAUAUAGAGUUUUACGCCAGGAGAUGUGUGAAUUGGAAUGGAAUGUUUUCAGUCUAUUUAAUCCUAAUAGCAUAUUAGACAAAUUGUUUAUUCAAAUAAACUGCCCCACAUGAAAGCAGCCGGAGUUUCUAUCUAGAAAUUUAGUUAUGGCGAGGAGAGAGGAGGCAGGGGAGACUAUGACAGGAGUUUUAAGAGUUGAGUAAUGUGAUGUAGUCGUCAGAACAUUUAGGGUAUGAUUCCUUAUUUUUGUUUUCUUUUGACCACGACAAAAAGUGUUUGAUCUAAAAACUGUGAAAUAUUUUAUUUGUGAAAUAUUCACCCUCAUAAAAUAAAUCGUUAUCUUAAUGCACAUUCAAUCUUUCCCAUAAGAAGCUACUGAGCAUAGACUGUGCGUGUGAAUUAUGCUAAAAUUUAUUACGUGUGUGGCUUGGUGCUCAUGAUUUGAUUUUUGCUAAAAUAAGUAUAACUUGCCCUUCUUUGGUAAUUUUUGUUUGUUUUAAUAACCCAUUGAAAACAGAAUUUUAGCUGGUCACUUAUACUAUUUUUAUAAUUCCUUAGGUAUAUUCUGUUAUAAAGUUUUAGUUUGGUGAAAAAACUUCCUUGUUUAUGGAUAAACUAGUUUUAUUUUAACAAAUAAUAUAAUUGUUUUUGUAACAUGUGAUUAUACAUCCAUAUUGAAUAACACAACACAGUGAGUGGUUUAUUACUGUAGGUCUAUGUAUCUUUAGCAUUUACACUAACUUAGCAGAUUCUCCACAGUUCUGGAUCAUCCACAGCAUCACUUUUCAGCAACAUGGAUAAUUGAGAGUUUAAAAUAUUGGUAAAGGCAUGGUUUUGUUAAUUAUAAUAUAUUUUUUUGUUCCCUCCUCCCAAAAAUGAACCUGCACUGCGCUCGGUUUUUCCAGUACCCUUGACAACAUCACAAUGCAUCAGCAAUGAGAAAAGGAGGUGACCCUCUCCUCCACGUUGCAGUUCUUGACAAGACAUCGUUAGAAGAGAGGGAGAGGGGUUGUGGAUGGUAGAUUACCAGCUCUGCACUUGUCAACUUUUACUGCUUUACCUAAGAACCUGUGAACUAUUAGCCAUCUGUUUUGAACGCAACUGGGUUGCGGGUAUUAACAAGUACACAGUUCCAGCCCAGUAAGGACGAGACUUAUGCAGUUAGGUGCUAGACAUUGUUUCACAACAGCUCUUGACAGAGGUUAUUGAGGCGGUCUAUGUAGCAGUCUAGAGAAUCACACGGCAAUAGCAUCCUAUUGCCAAGUACAUGGCUUCUUCAUUCAGACUCGCCUCUGGCCCAACCUUGCUACCUCAUAUCCUCUUGAGAAUUCCAACAGACUUUAUAGCCUUAAAUACACAUAUACCAUUCUCCACAGAUACCUGGUUUCUUAAAGAAUGAAAAUAUUUCAAAGUUGUUGCAAUCAAAUAGAGAUAUGUUAGUUUAUCAUCAUGAGCAUUUUUUUUUGUCAAAAUAAAUGUGUUUGUACUAAUUUAAUUUUCCUAGUAAUUUACUUACUUUACAAUAAAAACUCUAGUACCACUCUUACUAUAACCUUGAUAUAUCUUCCAUUAUAACUUAGUUUCUUUGACUCAAAACAGGGGAUUAUCUCUACAUAUGUGAGGUCACAUUUCCACCGAGAAUCUUGAUAGCAGCAAAAUCACUACGAAGUCGUAAAGCCCAAGCAUAGAGGUACAAUGCAUACAGUGAAACCACAAUAUAAAGGAUCUCUCACUUAAAGUAUAUAUAUUUUCAGGUCCCAACAAGAUGUUAACUUUACAUAUAGUGAACUUUUACUAAAUGUAAUUUUCAUUACUAAGUACCAAAAAGGUGGGAUUUUCAGGAUAUCAAAUACCUUACAGCAAUAUUUGAAUGUACAAUAAUUGAGUGGAGUAACCAGUAAAUACAAACAAGUCCGGUGAUGCGAAUAGCAGAUGCCUAGCUCUUAUCAGGGGUAAGCAUUCUACCCAAUUUUAAUAGAAUGUAUUUUUUUUAUCUUAAAUAAAAUGAAUGUGUGUUUGUCUUCUA